AUGGCGGAGGAAAACAAACAUCACAUGGUUUGUAUACCAUUCCCGUCUCAAAGUCAUAUAAAGGCAAUGCUAAAACUAGCAAAGCUUCUCCACCAUAGGGGCUUUUACAUAACUUUUGUCAAUACAGAGUACAAUCAAAAGCGCUUAUGCAGAGCUGGACAAUCUCCUGCACUUGAAAGCCUGCCAAAUGAUUUCAAAUUCGAGAUAAUAAAGGAUGGAUUGCCUCCUUUUGAUUCCACCGCCGGCCCAGACUUCAUUUCCCUCUGGCGAUCCCUUAAAGACAACGGCACCACUCUGGUUUGGAACCUUCUUGCCACACUUAGUGAUGGUGCAACUCUUUCCCACAACCCACCAGUUACUGCUAUCAUCUCAGAUGGCUUUAUGCCAUUCACCAUGGAAGUUGCUCAAAGGGCUAGAGUGCCUAUCAUCCUAUUUUGGACCAUCGCUGCCUGUGCUUUCAUGGGAUGUUAUCAGUUUCAGGCCCUCAAAGAAAAAGGCUUGGCACCUUUAAAUGAUGCAAGCUAUUUGACAAAUGGGUACUUGGAGAAGACUAUUGACUGGAUUCCAGGAAUGAAAGAAAUCCGCCUUCGAGAUCUUCCAAGUCUCAUUCGAACUGUUGAUCCAAAUGACAUAUUGUUUAACGCCGUCAUGGAAUCAGCACAAACUGCUGCCAAAGCCUCAGCUAAUAUCAUUCAUACGUUUGAUGCAUUGGAGGCAGAUGUUUUGCAUGUGCUCCGAUCAAUGUUCCCACGAGUGCAUGCCAUUGGUCCCAUUCAGUUGCAUCUCAAUCAAAUUUCGAACCUAGAUGAAAAGUUGAAGUCUUUAGGCUACAGCUUAUGGAGAGAAGAAUCAGAGUGUCUAGGUUGGCUAGACUCCAAGGAGGCCCAGUCUGUUGUAUACGUGAAUUUUGGGAGCAUAACAGUCAUGACAGAACAACAAUUUAUAGAAUUCGCAUGGGGACUUGCUAAUAGCCGGCACUACUUCCUCUGGAUAAUUAGACCAGAUUUAAUUAUGGGCGAAUCUGCCAUUUUACCACCUGAAUUUAGUGCAGAAAUUAAAGAUAAAGGUCUAACUGUUAGUUGGUGCCCGCAAGAGGAAGUCUUGAACCACCCUUCAAUUGGAGGAUUUUUAACUCACGGUGGCUGGAAUUCAAUUGUUGAAAGCAUCUGUGCUGGAGUUCCCAUGCUGUGUUGGCCAUUUGGAGCGGAUCAGACUACAAACUGCAGGUACCUAUGCAGGGAAUGGGAGAUAGGUAUGGAGAUUGACAAAGAUGUGAAGAGAGAGGAAGUUGAAAAGCUUGUAAGGGAAUUAAUGGGAGGAGAGCAAAUGAAGAAGAGGGCUAUGGAGUGGAAGAAAUUGGCAGAGGAGGCAACUAGUCUGGAUGGUUCAUCUAGUUUGAGUUUGGAAAACUUGAUUAACAAAGUAUUGUUGUAA